AUGAUGAUACAGCAGUCGGUACACCAUCUCCUCCACUACCACCUCUGCCUCCGCCUCUUCAUCCUCCUCCUGCUUCUCAAUGUGUCCAGCUCGUCUAGGCGGUGCAAGCCCGGAAGUCACGAACACGCUGCUGGCUACAUACAGGCUGGAGCAGAAGCUUAUGAUAACGGCAAGCUGGAUGCUGCUGCUUCCUGCUUCGAGCUGGCAGCGAGGGUGAACCCUCAGGACGGCCCCUCAUCUGCAGUCGCGCUGUCCAACCUCGCCACGGUGAAGAGAGACCAGGGAAGAGUUGGGGAGGCGCUCGAGCUCAUGAGGGACGCGCGGAAGAUGGCGCCCGAGGACGCAGAGACAGCGUUCCUGCUGGGGAAGAUGCUGGGGGACGCAGGACAAGGAAAAGAAGCGAUCCUCCACCUCGAGCACGCGUGCCAUCAGGAUCCCUCACACUUCCGCGCCUGGUCGCAGCUGGGGGUGGAGCUGGACAAGGCUCGAGAGCACGCACGGGCCCUGCUGAUGUACGAGCAGGCGGUCAAAGUGAAGGAGGACUACCUCACGGCCAAAGUUCAGAUCGCGCUGGCAGCUGGAAACCUGCAGGACUGCGAGCGGUCGCGGCGGAUGGGACGAGAGGCGCUGGGGGGCAUCAGGGGGGAGGUGCCGUACCUGUCCGCCCUGGCGACCUCCUUCAAGCGAUGCGGCGACAGAGAGGGCGAGAGGGAGGCUUACUUGCGCGCCCUCCUCCUCCAUCCAGGAGCGAUCUUCGAGGUCGGAGGGGAGAAGAGGACGGUAGAGGAACGGUUCGCAGCUUUGCUGGCGGAGGAAGGAAAGCAUGGCGUAGCCAUCCAGUUCCUUGAGAAGGCGAAGAGGCAGAAAGAGCACCAUGCUCCUUCGCUCCUCUCGCUCCUCGGCUUCUGUUACAGUCAGUUGGGAAGCAGGUUCUAUCCUGAGGCCAUGGCGGCGCUGGAGAAAAGCUGCCGACUCUACGAGAGUCUGCGGGGGGAGGAGAGGAAAGAGCUGGGGCCUGUGCUGGGGAACCUCCUUCGCCUUAAGUUUGUGACGGGCAACUGGACACGCUUAAACUUCUUCCUCUCUUCCUUUGCGAGGAUAGCGAGGGAGAGCUCUAGAGCUGAGGCUCCUCCUCCCUCGAACCCGGUCUUCGUGCUCGCCUACCCUGUGGACGACAGUGUCCUCCUCAGCAUUGCCAUGCUCUACGCUAAGGGACAGCGCCAAAAGUUUGCUGGCGCUACCUCACUGCCCCUCCCCCGUGCCCCCGACCUGCUCGAGCUCCCAGCGGGCAAGAAGCUGACGAUCGGCUUUCUGGCUCCCGGACAGGGCAAUGGGGUAGGGAGCCACCUGGCCUCCUGGUCAUUCUGGCAGCACUGCAAGCAGAGCUCGAGGAUCAGCUGCGUGCUCUUCUCGGACAAGGAUGAGGGCGAGGAGGGAGGGAGGAGGGAGGUCGAGCAUGUGCAACUGACUGGAGAGCUGAGGAGAGACGCGAGCUCGUUGAUCAGCAAGAGGUUUCACGUUCUCCUCGACAUUUUCGGACACACUGAGGGCAGCAGGCCGGAGCUGCUCCUCUCCUCCUCCAGCCUGCCUCCUGUCAGGAUGCAGUUCUACGGGUACGAGGGGAGCUAUGGAGACCGGGACCUCUUCCCCUUCCACCUUUCCGACUGGGCAACAGCGGCUGUGGACGCAGCUGCUCCUCCUGCUGACCCGACGGCAGCGACACCCGGGAUGUUCGUUGAGAAGCUCGUCCUCCUUCCUCCUUCUAAGUUUCCGAGCGGUGCGCUACCAGCAGCAGGAGACUCGCUGGAUGAGGAGGAGGAGCGAAGAAUGGAGCACAUGCUGUUCGGAACGGAGGGUCACUGGAGGAGGAACGAGACGUUCGUCUUCUGCAGCUUCGCCAAGUCCUACAAGCUCCACCCCCGCCUCUUCAAGACCUGGGUCUCCAUCCUCCUCCGCUCUCCCAACUCCAUCCUUUGGCUGCUGAGCUACCCCGACGGCUCCGACCUUGCUCGCCCGCGGCUCCGGGAGCACGCAGAGAGGAUGGGGCUCGAUCCAGCUCGGCUCGUGGUCACAGGCCUGCUUGAGAGGAAGAGGCACCUUCUGCUCAAGGGCACCUUCGCCCAUCUCCUCCUCGACUCCUUCCCUUACAAUGGGCAUCUCACCACAGCAGAGGCCCUCGCCGCCGGCAUUCCCGUCCUGGCCCUCCCUCAGACUCGCCCGGCCUCCCGCCUCAGUUCCAGCAUGUUAGCUGCCCUGCAGCUGCACCCGAGACUUGUAGCUCGCGACCUGGAGGACUACGAGGAGCUCGCGGUCAGGAUCGCAUCGAGCUGGAACAAGAAUGUGACGCACUCGUGGUUUGCGGAGACGAGGGAGGAGCUCAGGAGGAGGCGAGCAGUAGGAGAAGGUUUCUUCGACUCCAGGAGAUACGCGGAGAAGUUUUCGCAAGCCAUGAGCAUGACGUGGGAUCUGGAGGAGAACAGCGAGACGUUGGGGAGACGCUUCCACGUGAUCUGCAACUGA